UAUUUAUUGUAAAGAGUCAUAAGGAAAAUGUGAAAUGUGUCAUCAUAAUACAGUUAUCCUGUAACUAGUGAACUAUAGUAACCAUUUAUUAAUUGGUGUGUUAAUUGUUCGCUCGUCUACGAGUUAUCACAAUAAUAUUGUCUACUUACUAGUUUGGCUAGAAGGAUGUGUAAAUUAUUUGUGAUAUUCAGUAUCAUUUAUAUCUCAUUGCCGUUUUGUGCUUCAAUAUCAUGUCGACCCUGUCCUAAAAUUGAAUACAAUAGAAUACCAGCAUAUAUCCUGUAUAUAUUAGGAUUCAUGUCGAUACUGCUUAUUGUAGUGUUGAUAUCAUUAAUAUACGUGUUAUGGAAGACGAACUUCCUAAAACGCAAGCAUACCACACAAUCAGCAGAAAAUUUCGAAGGAAGAGAUGCUCAGUGCCCAACGUGUCAGAAAAAAAGAGCGGGAGGAAUACAUUUGGAAAAGAAUACCGGUGAUUUUAAAAAUCAAAACGACAAUGUUCAAGUUCAUACUUUAAAAAGACAAGAGAGUGAAGUUAUAAUAACAAAUGACUUCAACAAUCUACGAAGUCCUAAAAAAUCAGAUGCUUCGGGUAAUAUUUCUCCAAGAAUUAUCAAAGGUGUUGCUAAAGAUUUACCAUAUAUAUUACCGGAACAAAUGACGCUAAUUUGUAAAGAAGUGUUAAAACGUGCCGCUAAAAACGAUUCAAUAAACAGUCUUCAAAACAUAGAUCAAUUAGUAAAUGAAAGCAAACCUAAGGAUGAAAUAGUUUUCAAAUUUGCAUCAACUCCAGCUUUAGAUUUGUGUGACACUCUUACAACACCCCACAGUGAUAGAAAAAUUCAAUUUGACACGAAUUGCUCUACACAGCCAGGAACUAGAACAUCAAGUAUUAGUAAAACGGAUAAAGGUUUAAAAAGUAGAAGUAAUUCAAGAGAUGACAAACCAGAACCCAAUUUGGAAAUAUACGACUUUCCUAAAGAACCAAAUAACAUAUACGAUACGUUUCCAGAGGAGAAAAGUGUAAAAGUAAAAAAUGUAUCAGGCUAUGUAACACCAUGUUUUGAAAAUGAAUUGUCAUCUGGACAUUUUGACCCCAAAGAGGAAAAGCGUAAGUAUGCCGACAUAAAAGAUAUUUCAUCCGAACAAAGUACGAUUAAAAAUAAGUGUACAGAUUACAAUGAAUAUGACAACCCAAAGAAUGAAAAUGGAUUAAACAAAAUGUAUAUGAACGCAAAUGACGUAAAAUACAAUAAAGCACAUGAAGUAAUAUGAGAGUUGCAUCUUGUAUGCAUCCCGGAGGAGUCAUACUAAUAUAUUUUAACUCAUACUAAUUUAUUUUAGUGUGCGUGAGAUACACGCCAAUUAAUGUAGUAAACGAAGCAAGUUGUUGUAUGAAGACCCAUGCAUUAAUUCCUCAGUCGAUGAAAUUUUGCUUGGUUAUUGUAUAGUAUGAACUGAAACUAACAUUAUAAAUAUCCAAAAAAAAACCGGCCAAGUGCGAGUCUGACUCGCGUUUCUAGGGUUCCGUACAUAAUUCCGACUCACGCUUGACUACACAUUUCUAAUAGGUUUUCCUGUCAUCUAUAGGUAAAGAAGUAUUUUGUGUAUUUUUUUCAAAAUUUUAGACCCAGUAGUUUCGGAGAUACAGGGGGAAUAAUCAUUUUUUGGCUAUUUGUAUUUUCUUAAAUAGCUUCGAACCUAUGUAUUUUAAAAUUAAAAAAAAAAUACGUCCAUCUUUGGGUUACUAAUUUACAUAUCUGUACCAAAUUUCAACUUAAUUGGUCCAGUAGUUUCCGAGAAAAUAGGCUGUGACAAACAGGCAGACAGACGCACGAGUGAUCCUAUAAGGGUUCCGUUUUUUCGUUUUGAAGUACGGAACCCUAAAAACACUCCUAAGUUAGGUAUUUAUACGUAAAAAUACGAAUCUGUUUAUAUAUUUAACCGAGUAAUUCUUCCGUCCAAAAUUUUUUUACCAAAUAUGUUAUUGGUAUUUCUGCUGGGACAUUUUUUUAAAUAUUUCAUAUAUUGUUGCAAUACGUUACAUGAAUAUUUCCGGUGAAGACGAAAGUUUGAAAGGAGCAUUAUUUUGUAAAAAGAUAUUAACGAUUUAAGACUUUAGGUAUUUACUUUAAUUCUAUUAUUAUUAUUCUUUGGAUAUUUAUACAAUACUUAUUAUUUAUUGAUACUUUAUCAUACUGUAAAGUUUUUUCUGGCUGAGGAAUUACUGCGGGGUCCACUACCUUUAUUUACUACACUAAAUUACCAAAGCGAUUGUCAAGUUCGUACGAGUAUAUAACAAAACCAGUUCAAAACCAUAACAAAUCCUUAAAUCUCAAUCGGACCGGAAUCGGAUAAGCAUUGAUAUUUAUGCAUAGACACGUGUUUCAUAUUGUAGUCAGUUGUACUUGUAAAUUUGUUGGAAUAAAAAGCCCCUGAUAACACAUUUGAGCACGUGUAUUAAGAACCGAAAUGUUUGUCGUAAACCUUGUAUAUUAUUAUAUAAUUUAAGUUUAUAUUCGGGGUAUGUUAUGCUUAAUCUUUGUAAAAUAAAUUAAAAAUGAUGUAAGAUAACUAAAUGAAUGUAUUUAUUGGUGAAUUAUGUAAAUAAAUUAUACAUAUAUUGUAUCCAGAAGCAAUAUUAAUUACGUAUUUUAAUUUUAAUAUCUAAAUACGAAAUCCGAA